GAGCUGUGCAAGAUUGCAUAUUGACAUAAAUAAAUGCAAAAUCUCUGUUCUCUUGCAAAUACCAUAUCAGUUCCACGCCCGUAUCAAACCUCGGUCAGUUCAUAUCUCCCAAUACGGUAAGCCUCAUUAAUCAUGCCCAUCUACUCCAGCAUUCUAAAGACCAUCGGUCGCACACCGGUGGUUAAGAUCAACCGCCUCGCUCCCGCUGGCGUCGACAUGUACGUUAAGUGCGAGUUCUUCAACCCACUUGGAUCAGUGAAAGAUCGUCUAGCCCUGGCCGUAAUUGAGGAUGCAGAGCGAUCUGGCAAGUUAAAGCCCGGACAGACUGUCGUAGAGGCAACCUCUGGCAACACAGGCAUUGCUUUGGCUAUGGUUUGUGCAGCUAAAGGUUAUCCCUUUGUAGCUACAAUGACCGAGACCUUCUCCGUUGAGCGUCGUAAAGUGAUGAAGGCACUGGGUGCCAAGGUGGUACUAACACCUGCCGCCGAAAAGGGUACAGGCAUGGUCAAUAAGGCUGCUGAGCUUGCUAAAGAACACGGCUGGUUUGAAACAAAGCAGUUUAGCAAUCCUGCUAACCCUGCAUUCCACGCUAAUACCACUGGACCUGAGAUUCUGUCUGAUUUCGCAGAUUCACGCUUGGAUUACUGGGUAACUGGGUAUGGAACAGCUGGUACUAUGAGUGGUGCUGGUAAGAUGAUCAAGCUGGCUCGCCCGGAUACCAAAGUGGUCGUGACUGAGCCUGCAGGUGCCUCUUUGCUAGAGGGUGCUGAUUGGAAGCCUCACAAAAUUCAGGGAUGGACACCCGAUUUCAUUCCCGACAACAUGGACCGCAAUGUAUAUGAUAUGAAUGUACCUGUCACCGAUGAAGAAGCCAUUCAAUGCGCCAAAGAUCUAGCCAAGAAAGAAGGCCUCUUUGUAGGUAUCUCCGCUGGUGGUACAUUUGCAGCAGCUCUGAAAGUGGCCGAAACUGCACCUAAAGGCUCCGUUAUUCUGGCCAUGCUGCCCGAUACCGGAGAGCGAUACUUAUCUACUCCCUUGUUUGCUGACAUCACACCUGACAGCGAUGAGAUCUAAUAUGAUAUAGUCACCGUAGAUUUAUAAACGGGCGCACGCUUUCGCUUGAGCAUCUUUUGUAGGUAUGGAAUAGUAGUACACUAUUCAAAAGUCACCGCCAAUGGUCGCGUUUCAGGUGUUAUACGAAGAUUUUCACGUACUCAUAGAUACACGGACACACAAAUGAAGCCCCACUUUUAUAGUGAUGUAUCCGGGAUAUGGAUUUAUACACUUCAAUGAGAGUGCUAUGAAUAGCUUUCCUCGCUUUCGACAUGUCUGGGAUAGCUAGACACGAUAAAUGUCGCCCUCACAUUCGACUUAAUAAAAUUGGUCAAGAAGAGCUCAGCGCUGUGCAAGUAUCUACAUAAAUUGUACGGUUCGACGCGCAUGGAUUCACACUAUGACAUACAGGACA